ACUGACCCCGCGACGUUUCGUUUUUUGUUCAUUUUAGUUUUGACAAAUAUAUCUGCCAGCAAUUGUUAAUUGAAUAUAAAAGGGACCCGUGCAAUGGCAUUUUCGCAGUCGUUUGAUUUUGGAAACAGCACCUUGAUGGCGCUGGAGAAGGGUAUGCAAGCGGCCGAAAAGGAGAAUGCACAGCCCGGAAAUGGAAACAUCCAAGUUCAAAAUGCUGGUAAGGACUUACAGGGGGAAAGCCAGGACAAUUACUCGGAGUUUUUCCGGGACGAGUUCUCCUAUGAAGUGAACCAGGCCAAGAAGCCGGCGGAACAAUCAGUGGUCAAUGUGUCGCAGGUUAAACAUCAUCUAGCAGUUGCAUCCCAUCAGGACUCUGGUGAUGAGAGCAGCUCAUCCGCGUUGAAUGCCCAGAUUUGCACAGAGAAUGUGUUCGACAACGAGGACACAGACGCAGUGUCGGGUGCAGUGCUGGAGCUGCCCAAUCUGGACGAGAGCAGCUUUCUGUGUCCUCCGCAGGAUGCAGAGGCUUCCAAACAGCUGAAGGAGGACAUCCUGCUCAGCCGUUCCCUCCUGGCCAAGCAGGGAGUCUACCACGAGAUCUCGCAAACCACACAGAACCUGAGCAGCAUGUCGCCCAACCAAUUGCGAGUGUCGCCCAACUCUUCGAGGAUCCGCGAAGCGUUGCCCGAGAGAGCAGCUAUGCCUCCUGACCUCAACUCCCAAAAGUCAAUAAGCGCGUGGAAUCUGCCCUUCAGCAUUCAGGCGGAGUAUAAGAAGAAGGGUGUCGUCCAGAUGUUCGACUGGCAAGUGGAGUGUCUCUGCAAGCCAAGAGUGCUUUUCGAGCACUGCAACCUGGUGUACUCCGCACCCACGUCGGCGGGCAAGACGUUAGUUAGUGAGAUACUGCUGCUGAAAACCGUACUAGAGCGCGGUAAGAAGGCGCUACUCAUAUUGCCCUUCAUCUCGGUGGUGCGCGAAAAAAUGUUCUACCUUCAGGAUCUGCUCACGCCGGCCGGUUACCGGGUGGAGGGAUUCUACGGCGGCUAUACUCCACCAGGUGGCUUUGAGAGCCUUCAUGUGGCCAUUUGCACAAUUGAGAAGGCCAAUUCCAUUGUGAACAAGCUGAUGGAGCAGGGCAAACUGGAAACCAUAGGAACGGUGGUGGUCGACGAGGUGCAUCUCAUCUCUGACAAGGGGCGCGGCUAUAUCCUGGAACUUCUGCUAGCUAAGAUCCUCUACAUGUCCCGUCGCAAUGCACUGCAGAUCCAGGUGAUCACCAUGUCGGCCACACUGGAGAAUGUGGAACUGCUGAAGAACUGGCUGGACGCCGAGUUGUACAUCACAAACUACCGACCCGUUGCUCUGAAGGAAAUGAUUAAGGUAGGCACAAUGAUCUUUGACAACCAUCUAAAGUUUCUCCGUGAUGUUUCGGAGCAAAGGGAAAUGAGGCAAGCUCUGGGAAACGACUCCGAUGAUGUGGCCCUUCUCUGCAUAGAGACGUUGCUCGAGGGCUGCUCCGUAAUCGUGUUUUGCCCCUCGAAAGAUUGGUGCGAGAACCUGGCCGUUCAAUUGGCCACCGCAAUGCACGGCCUUAUUAAAUCUGGAUCAGAGCUGGGCCUACGAUUGCGGACCAAUCUGAAUCCGAGGGCCAUCGAAGAAGUGAAGCAACAACUAAGGGAUAUUCCAACAGGUCUAGAUGCGGUAAUGUCAAAGGCGGUCACUUACGCAUGCGCAUUUCACCAUGCUGGCCUAACUACGGAAGAGCGCGACAUUGUGGAAGCCUCAUUUAAGGCGGGAGCCCUGAAGGUUCUAGUCGCCACCAGCACUCUCAGUUCGGGAGUGAAUCUGCCCGCUCGACGGGUGCUGAUACGCUCGCCUUUAUUUGGAGGCAAGCAAAUGAGUUCCCUAACGUACCGCCAGAUGAUCGGACGAGCUGGGCGCACGGGAAAGGAUACGCUGGGUGAGUCUAUUCUCAUCUGCACCGAGAGCAAUGCCCGAAUGGGAAGAGAUCUGGUCACAGCGCAGCUGCAGCCCAUUACUUCCUGCCUGGAAAUGGACGGAAGCACCCACUUGAAACGCGCUCUACUCGAGGUAAUUUCUUCUGGUGUGGCGAGCACUAAACAAGACAUUGACUGCUUCGUGAAUUGUACUCUGCUGAGUGCCCAAAAGGCCUUUCAGGCAAAGGAGAAACCACCAGAUGAGGACUCAGACUCCCACUACAUUAACGAUGCCCUUGACUUCCUGGUGGAGUACGAGUUUGUUCGCCUGCAAAAGGACGAAGAAGAGGAGACAUCAGCCUACGUGGCCACUCGUCUUGGUGCCGCCUGUCUGGCUUCCUCUAUGCCGCCCACUGACGGCCUCAUCCUCUUUGCGGAACUGCAGAAAUCUCGUCGCUGCUUCGUCCUAGAGUCCGAGCUGCAUGCUGUUUACCUAGUAACGCCCUAUUCUGUGUGCUACCAACUGCAAGAUCUUGACUGGCUGAUUUACCUGGAUAUGUGGGAAAAGUUAAGCCCAGCCAUGAAAAAAGUUGGCGAACUGGUUGGGGUUAAGGAGGCCUUUCUCGUGAAGGCGAUGCGUGGUCAAACGAAACUGGACUACAAGCAAAUGCAAGUGCAUAAGCGUUUCUACACUGCGCUGGCUCUGCAGGAACUGGUCAACGAGACCCCCAUAAACGUUGUGGUGCACAAGUUUAAGUGUCACCGAGGAAUGCUACAGAGCCUGCAGCAAAUGGCCUCAACCUUCGCAGGCAUAGUGACUGCUUUCUGCAACUCCCUGCAGUGGUCUACACUCGCCCUGAUAGUCUCCCAGUUCAAGGAUCGUCUCUUCUUUGGCAUUCACAGGGAUCUUAUCGAUCUAAUGCGGCUACCAGAUCUGUCGCAGAAACGAGCUCGUGCUCUCUUUGAUGCUGGGCUCACCAGCUUGGUGGAGCUGGCGGGCGCAGAUGCCCUAGAAUUGGAGAAAGUGCUAUAUAACUCACUCAGCUUUGACUCUGCAAAACAACACGACCACGAGAACGCGGAGGAGGCGGCCAAGCGAAAUGUAGUGAGAAACUUCUUUAUCACCGGCAAGGCGGGGAUGACAGUGAGCGAAGCUGCGAAACUAUUGAUUGGAGAAGCUAGGCAGUUCGUCCAGCACGAGAUCGGAGGGGGUAUCAUUAAAUGGACCCAAACUCAGGUGGGCAUCAACGAAAGUUCGAAGUCAGUACACAAUGGCGGGGAGGUAGACCUUCACAUGUCCCUUGAGGAGGAGCAGCCGCCAUUAAAGAGGAAAUUGUCCAGCGAAGAAAAAAGUGCCUAUUCGCAAAAGAUUCCAAGACUUGAAAAACUUGUGGAGGAUGCAAGUAUCCCACCGAUGUAUUAUACAGUUGAUAGUCUCAAUUGUAAUAAUAAUAUUGCUAGUCAAAUGAAGAAGAAAGAAACAGCUCAAGGACUAAAUCAUCAAAGCAUUUCCCACAAGAUGAACCCAAAUCUUUAUAAGUUCGAGAAUGCGCAAAAUCCGUCUCAAAGAAAUCCUAUGGCACACAUGGAAAACACCAAUGACCUGAGAAAUACAGAAGUAUUGAAUAAGAACAACGUUAAUAUUCGGUCUACACUUGCAUUAGAAAGGUCACAACACAUAAUAGUUGAUAAGGCGCAGGAAAAGAUAUCAUCUUCCAAUGUUAAAGCCAUCCAAAAACAAGGUUCUGAGAUUGCGAAGGAAAUCAACCCAGCAGCUCCGAUUUGUAGACCACAAAUAGCAAGAGAAGAAAAACCCAGCACCAGUCAAAAUGCCCGCAAGGAGCUGCUUAAAAUGGAAAUGGCCGAACGACGCAGGAUCGCUUUACAGAAGAUUCAGGAACGCGCCAAAAAAGAGAAGCAGUCUGAGGAUGAGCCCAUACAGGCGCCAAGGUCUGCCUCACUUUCAAGUCCUGUUAUUAGAACACCUGCUAAUCGAAGAACACAAUCGGAAACGCCAAACAAAAGGAUGAACCCUGCUGUCGAAAGCAAUCGACAACUGCCUCGCAGAAGUCCUCGAAAUCACACGCAGUCACCGCUACCCACUCCAAAUCGCACUGCCUCGAGGAAGGCAUCCACCGUAGAGGAGGACUUGUUCAUGGCCGACGAUUCUUUUAUGCUGAACACCGGUCUAGCCGCUGCCCUUACGGCCGCCGAAAGCAAAGUUCCUUCUCCUGCGGAGGCGGACAUGAUACCUAGUUCCCAACCCAAGGAACCGGAGGUGGUCGGUGCACUGACUCCACAUGCAUCCAGACUGAUGCGCUCCUACCAGUUGCGUUCACAGCGUUUGCAAAGUCCCAGUCCUACCCCGCACCGUGAAAUCGAAAUGGAUUCGGAAGUGAAAAGCUCAUCCAGUGCAGCCUCCUCUAUGGAAAUCUCGGACAUGUCGAUGGAGAAUUCACUAAUGAAAAAUCCUUUACAUCUGAAUGCCUCACACAUUAUGAGCUGUUCAAAAGUCGAUGAUACUGCCUUAAGUUUCUCUAGUAUAGAUAUAAUAAAUGUGUGUGGCCACCGACAAUUGUUUCAAGCUGCUGUCAUGGAGCUCAAUGAAGCCACGCGCUUUGGACUUAGCGUUGGCCUGCAGGCUCAAGCGGGCAGACAGAAGCCACUAAUUGGAGCCAACCUAUUGAUCAAUCAAAUUGCGGCGGCCGAAAAGCGGGAGGCGGCUGCCGGAGAACAGGUGCUAUUUCAAGUGGACGACAGCAACUUUAUCUCUGGUUUGUCCUUCUGCCUGGCGGACAAUGUUGCCUACUAUAUGAAUAUGCAAAAUGACGACCGUGCAACAGGUCAGGGAGUGCCCACCAUUCUAAAGGUGCAGGAACUCUGCAAGCUGUUGGCUCGAAAAGAUCUCACGCUGGUCAUGCACGACGGAAAGGAGCAGCUGAAGAUGCUGCUCAAAGCGAUUCCGCAGCUUCAAAAAAUUAGCGCCAAGCUGGAGGAUCCAAAGGUGGCGAACUGGCUGCUGCAGCCGGACAAAACAAUGAGUUUUUACAAUAUGUGUCAGACAUUCGCUCCAGAGUGCACCGCCCUUGCCGAUCUCUGUGGCAGUGGUCGUGGCUAUAGCAGCUACGGGCUUGAUAGCUCCAGUGCCAUUCUUCCGAAGAUUAGGACGUCCAUCGAAGCCUGCGUAACGGUGCACAUACUUAAGGGACAAACUGAGAACCUUGGAAGGAUCGGCUCGGGUCAGUUGCUAAAGUUUUUCCACGAUAUCGAAAUGCCCAUUCAAUUGACUCUUUGUCAUAUGGAGUUUGUGGGCUUUCCAGCCCAGCAGCAGCGACUACAACAGCUCUAUCAGCAAAUGGUGGCCGUUAUGAGGAAACUGGAGACAAAGAUUUACGAGCAGCAUGGUUCCCGUUUCAAUCUCGGCUCGUCACAAACUGUGGCCAAGGUGCUGGGACUCCACCGGAAAGCAAACGGACGAGUAACCACCUCGCGCCAGGUGCUCGAGAAGUUGAACUCGCCCAUUUCGCAGUUGAUACUGGGCUACCGAAAGGUGGCAGGGCUUUUGGCCAAAAGCAUUCAGCCUCUGUUAAAGUGCUGCGAAGCGGACAGAAUUCAUGGGCAGAGCAUUACAUAUACGGCAACAGGUCGUAUCUCCAUGACAGAGCCGAACCUGCAAAAUGUGGCAAAGGAAUUCUGCAUACAGGUGGGUUCUGAUGCGCUCAGCAUAUCCUGUCGGUCACCUUUCAUGCCCAAGGAUGAGGACCGAUGUCUUUUGUCGGCUGACUUCUGUCAGCUGGAGAUGCGAAUCCUUGCCCACAUCUCGCAGGAUAAGGCUCUGCUGGAGGUGAUGAACUCGCCGCAGGACCUGUUUAUCGCAAUUGCGGCGCAUUGGAAUAAAAUAGAGGAGUCCGAAGUGUCGCAGGAUCUCCGCAACAGCACUAAGCAGGUUUGCUACGGUAUCGUGUACGGCAUGGGAAUGCGCUCCCUGGCCGAGUCGUUGAACUGCAGUGAGCAGGAGGCUCGGAUGAUAUCCGAACAGUUCCACCAGGCGUACAAGGGUAUUCGAGAGUACACCUUGAGGGUGGUCAAGUUCGCACGCAACCAGGGAUUUGUGGAGACUAUUACUGGACGGCGUCGCUAUUUGGACAACAUCAACAGUGAUGAGGAGCAGCUGAAAAGUCAGGCCGAGCGCCAGGCCAUUAACUCCACCAUCCAAGGAUCCGCUGCGGAUAUUGCAAAGAGCGCUAUUUUGAAGAUGGAAAAGAACAUUGAACGUUAUCGCGAUAAGCUGGUCUUGGGCGAUAAAUCAGUUGACCUGGUAAUGCACCUACAUGACGAACUCAUCUUCGAGGUGCCAGCGGGAAAGGCCAAAAAGAUAGCCAAAGUCCUUAGCCUCACCAUGGAGAACUGCGUGAAACUUAGCGUGCCCCUCAAGGUAAAGCUGAGGAUUGGACGCAGUUGGGGUGAAUUACAGGAGUUUAGGAUGUAGACUGUUUUAAGUUGUUGUUGUUAUAGUAGAGUUUAUUAUACCAUUUUAUAGAAUUUGUAAUCAAUUUGUUAAAGACUGAAUGUUUUAGGACUGCUUGGCCUGCCACUCCGUCCAGGAUCCGGCAUAUGCCUUGGCACUGCAAUUGAUUUAUAAAUAAAGCUACAAAUUUUAUACUAAA